AUGAAGCGUAAACAUUCACUAUCCGACAAUAGCACAGGAGAACCAUCCUCCGUAACAAAGCGCUUGGAUAAGAGAAAGGGUAGAGAAGGGCAACUAGAUGAGCAGCUGCUUCGUUUUUCUUGCCAAGAUGUUGACAUAAACAUUACUUCUCCUACCAUGCCUAUUGAUAACAGUUUUCUUCGUAAAAAAAUGGACGAAAAUAUCGACAUAAUGAUGGUUACUUCACCCAUACAAUACUUGGUUGGGGUUCUUAAUGGAAAAUUGGAGAAUAAUUUUGUGUUGCAUUCAAAUAGGCAUCCAAAUCUUACUGCUGUUCCAAAAGAUAUGUUAUUGCUUUACGCUUUUAGUCAAGUCUAUGGGUAUACAAUCUACUGCUUUUCAAGUAGGUCCAAACCAGCAAUAAUUCAUCCCAACAACAAGCACCGUCAAGACCGCUCUUUACCGUACCUUGGUGUGUUAAAAUCAAUUAAUUCGUAUACUGGUACUGUUGAAUGGUUUGGAUUGGAACUCAAAAACAGACCCAAAGAUAUGUCAGGUGAUACCACCCCCACCAGUGAAAUUCUCAAGAAUAUUGUAGCUAAAAAACGAGCCACAGACGAGAAAAAACCUAGAGCAAAGAGACAAAGUGUCUCCUCUGUCAUAGAUGAUGAAAUAAUAAGGCUGCUUGUGGAAGAAACGAACACAUUAUAUCAAAAGAAAUGGUCCAAGUUCAAAAUUGACAAGCACAAAACCUUAUCUGAAAAUAUACAAAAUUUUCGUCAACUUUAUCAACGAAACAGUUUCCAACAGGCUCUUCUGCUUGAAGAUAUACCAACGUCAGCAUUGUGGGUGCAACAAAAAAUCAAUCGACUCAAACAAAUUGGCAAAAUCAGCAUCGAUAAAUGUAUCAGUGACUUUAUUAUGGGUUUAAACUUAGAAUCAUCAAUACAAGAUAGUGCGCCUGAGGAUACAGAUACGGCAAUCGAUGAAAAUGAAGACCAAGAUGUAGAAGAUAAUGCUUAUAGAACAGUCAGUAGAAGCCUAAAACGAGUAAUUAAUAAAGACUUGGACUAUAGCAUCUUUUUGAAAAAGCUCGAAGAUCUGCAAGAGAUCUGUGAUAAAUGCUGUUCUGGCCUUUCGAAAGCAACGGAGAUUUUGGUUGACGGUAUUACAUCAGGUGAUAUUCUUCCUUCUAGAGAGCGCACCUUUUUUGAUUUUCAAUUCAUUGAUUUGCCCUCACUCAAAAUUGAAACUGGCGAAGAGAAAAUCGCGAUUAUAGAUGACAGUGAUGAAACAUUUUUAAAACAAAGUGAUAUAUUUACGUUUAAAGGCUUUUGGAAAUUGCUUUCCAGUUCAGUAGGUAGAAAAAAACCACACGAGUAUAAACACCCGGUGAUUGACUACGUAUCAAGAAAAAUAUCAAGCGAAAACUAUUGUGACUUUACAACCACACCAACUUUAGUUUCUGCGUGUAAACAGUUCUUUACCAAUUUUUCAAACAUGUGGACCUAUCAAAGAUUUGUUUCUGAUUUGAGAGUCACACUUACCCUUAUUUUACGCUUGCAUCUUUGUCCGAAGAAAUCCCAUCGUCUGAGCCAUCCACAUGCAUCAAAGAAGCAGAAACAAAAUUCACAAAAAUCCCCCAAAACAGUUAAAAAGCGACACCAAAAAAGGGUCAUGAUAGAUUUGUUUGACGCGAUUGCAAAAUAUAACGCAGGAAAGCUGAACAAAAUACAUGUUGUGGAAAAACUUAUCGACGGUGUUUUCAAUUCUUGUGAGAGGGGCCGUUCAGAUUUGGAACCACCUGUAAAUAAAGAUGAUAAUUCCAACGAAUUUGAAGAAGACGCCGAAGAUUUUAAUGAGAAUGACGAAGAUUUAGUAAUAAUUGAUAAUGUUACUGAGUUAGAUACCAAUGAUAACGAUGUCAAAGACCUGUCAGCCAAAGAGAUUAAAGCUUUGUGUGCAGUAUGCACAAUGUUGAUUACGUCCCCUUCUAUCGAAGGAAAUGUAGACGCAGCCUAUAUCAAAAAGCAACUUUAUUACGAUAAGCAAGAAUCUAUACCCGCCCAUGCAUUAGACACUUCUGCUAGAAUAGUCAACGAGUUACGACUAAUAAGUUGUAAAAAAGAUGAGAAAAACGCUUUCAGAUUUUUUCAGAUGCGCAAAAUCAGAAACUCACUGGUCAAGUUUGUUGGUCCGACGGGUACAAGAUUUAAGGAGAAUCGAAUGUUUCCAAAGAAGGUCGAAGAAAAGCAAAAAAUGUCUAUCAAUGUUGAUACCAGGACUUUAUAUCUUUUAUUUGCUAAAGAGUACAACAUUUUCAAGCUCGAUGGUGUAAAUAUGUUUACGAGUUCGGCAACAAUCAAAUCCAUAGAGGACAAGAAGGCGGUUUUUUCAAACUUUUUCAAUUUAAACAUGAUUGAAAGAAUUAUCCAGGAACAAAAACUAACCCCAAUGUAUUCAUUUAAGUUUUGUCAUAAGUACAGCUUAAACUUUCUUGGGUAUAAAAACUUGCAAAAGGAAGAAGUGCCGCACGUUACUUCUACAAGUAGUUUUACCUCUUUGGAUAGUAAUACAGAAAAUAGGAAACUGAAGGUCGAACGUCUUCACAAAGAAAUCAAAGAAGAAAAAGCAUUGCAAGUCCGUUUGAGUAAAAACGUUCGUGAGAUAGAAAAUACUAGAAUGGAUCUUGGCCAGACCUUUAGAAAAAACCAAAAGUUAGGUACAAUGACUUGUGAUUCAGACCUCUAUCGAAACUUGAAGACUAGCCGCAAGGAAUGUAACGCAAUAUACAGUCAACUUCUUUCUUUGAAUAAAUCAAUUAAGACCAAGAGCUCAGAAAUGUAUUGCUUAAACAAAGGGAUACAUAAUCAGAAUGAACCAACCCCAACAGCUGGUAUAUGUCUUUCUGAAAAAUCACAAAAUAGCAUCAUAUCAGGCCAAGCAAUUAUUCAAGGCUUAGAUCCAGGUGUUGUAACAACUGCUUCAAUAAGUGCAACCAAAUCUUCUUCUAUGUUUCAAAGUAUUAAUAGGUAUAGCGCACUGGAAAGUCUGGAAAAUUGUGACCACGAUGUCGAAAAUGAAGUGACCUUUGAACUGACGGCAAAGCGAGAGCUUACACCGUCGUAUCUAAACCAGCGUCAAGUCACUAGGAGUAUUCGUCUGAAAAGAUAUUACCAGCAUCUGCAUUCCUCACAUAGGCAGAAACUGUUCCGACUUCUAGGUAACUCUGAAGAAGCUUAG